AUGCUGUGUCUAAAAGAGCUGCCUACUUACGUGCUGCUGCUCUGCAGGGCCGCGUUGCCUACAAGCCUGCGCCCACCCCCCGCCGGCCUGCGCGUACCCGCAAGCCCGCGCCCACCACCCGCCGUCGCCCUGCGCCCACCACCCCCCGCCGGCGCCCGCUCCCCGCUCCGGCCUCGACUCCCCGCUGGCCUCCCCCUGGCACAGCUGCCUACCCCUAUAAGCCCUGUAGUAGUUCCCCUUAUUACUGUUGCGUAUGCGCAGCGCCUUGUUACAGCACUUGUUGCAGGGGACAAGCAGGCUAUGUUCUAG